AUGAACAGGAAGAAGGCCCAGCUCAGGGAAGAUCUCGUCAAGCACUACGAGGAAAUCAUCUCGGAAACCCAAGAACUCAUCCGUUUCCUCCGCAGCCAGUUCAACCUGCUCUACAACGAAUGGGAAAUGGUCGCUCUUGGCUCCUCAGCUUUCUCUGACCACUGGGCCGGAUCUGGCUUUGUACCGCCUCUCGAGAAGCUGCAAGUGGAUGGAGAGAAGAAGGAGCUGUUGAUAUCAGAGAUGAUGACGGCGGACCGCGAUAGGGAUGGAAGUCUCGGACGGGAUGCCAAAACGGACAGAGCUUAUAGGAAGAAGGCGGAGGAUCGUCUGAAUGGUGCAGAGUCGUGGAAGGAACUGAGAGUUGCGGCUGAGAGGAUUGCAGACGGGUUCUUGAACUGGGAGAGCGAAGGAGGUAAGGGAGGUGUGGAUAUGUAUCUGAAGGGCUUGUCUCGUUAAGCAGCUGGACCAGGGCUCCUGUCAAACCUAAAUAGGUUCAUUGUCGUCGCGGUCAGCGAUGCCAGCUUGCUAUAGCUCGACAUGGCAUUUGUAAUCGAGUUGAAUGGUGCAGAGAAGUUUUUGACAAAAUUGUAGCCUUGAUGCCUGAGGAGGGACGUGGAAGAGCAAAAAUCCUCCGAAAAACCUCAAUAGAUAACUUUAUUCCCAGUGUAGGCCGCCUUUCAAUCUCGUAUUCUCUUGUUUCGAUAUAGUCUUUCUCUUGCAGAAAUAUUUAUGAAAGAGCUUGUUGACAGAUUGCUUCUUCUCUUGCACAAGUUAUACUUUUAUGAAAUCUUACCGUACCCCGUGGGGGCCCCAUAAAAUCCCCGCGAACCGCGUAAAGGCUCAGACCAUCAUCGCAAUCGAGAACGACCUCGAAUUACAGCCAAUUCCCAUCAGAAAUCAUUUCCUGUAAACAUAUAACGCAAC